AUGUCUUCAAUACCUGUGAUAGAUUUCCGAAAAUAUGGGCUUCAUAUCGAGAAAGCAGAUUCUAUACCUAGACAGGACUUGAAGGAGUUAGGAGACCAGAUGUGUGAAGCUCUACAGAAUAUUGGGUUCUUUGAAAGAAGUAUUGGAAAUGUCAAAAAAUUCUUCAGUCAGCCAUUAGAAGAAAAAGAAAAAUGUGCCAAACCAGAUGAGGGUUAUGAUGGAUGGAUCGGAUUAGAGAAAGAAAAACUGAAUUUAGAGAGACCAGUAGGAGAUUAUAAAGAAACCUAUAACAUUACUCAAAUAUGCGAAGUAUGGCCGACCAAUAUACCAGAAUUUGAGACAGUUUUAAUGGAUUUCUUACGAAAAUGCAUAGAACUAGCUUUAAGAGUUUUUGAUUUUAUCUCCGUUGGUUUGAAUUUAGAGGACAAGAAUUUCUUUCGAAACUGUCACAAGUUAAUUGGACAAAGAGGAAAUGUCACUGCUCUUAAUUAG